AACACUGCUUCUACUAUGGGAUAUUUGCUAAUAUUUACACAGGAUUUUUAUUGUUCAACAGAAACGGCUUUCUUCCGAGGGCUCGUGAACGCAGCAAAUGACGUCAGUGGGAAAGGCUGCAAGAUGGGGAAAUUUGGGCUCCAGUUUAAAGCCGUUCUGGAGAACGUGACCAACGUGAGACCGCUGGGCGACGACUUCCGCUGGUUCCUGAAGCUGAAGUGUGGGAACUGUGGUGAGAUCCCAGAGAAAUGGCAGUAUGUCACGCUUGUGGAGAGUGUUCCACUGAAAGGAGGACGAGGCAGUGCCAGCAUGGUGCAGAAAUGUAAACUCUGUGCCAGGGAAAAUUCUAUUGAUAUCCUGGGGGACACCAUCACACCUUACAAUGCUGAUGACACCGAAAGCUUCAAGACAAUGGUGCAGUUUGAGUGUCGAGGUCUGGAGCCUGUGGACUUCCAACCUCAAGCUGGCUUUGCUGCAGAAGGAGCAGAAUCUGGGACAAAGUUUCUUGAAGUUAACCUACAAGAAAAAGACUGGACAGACUAUGAUGAGAAAGUCAAGGAAUCAGUGGGAAUAUAUGAAGUCACACACCAGUUCAUUAAGUGCUGAUGAGCCACAUGCACACUAAAGACACCAUCUUCCCUGCAGAAAGGAUUCUCUGGACACUUAGAAUGACCUGAUUGAAGUGUGACUAUCCUUACACAUGUCGUCUGUCAAUAUCCACAAUGGACAAGAAUUAUCCUCAUUACCCUAAUAAAAUUGUAAUAUAAACAAAAUGUUUUUUCCUUUUUUACAUGUGUUUGUGAUGUAAAAUAUCUCCACAGUCUGUUUUGCUGUUUGUGUAAUGGAUGACAUUUUACUUGGUAGCGUAAUCAGCUAUAAUUUGAAGUAAAUGAUCCAGUUGAUUUGACACCUGGCUGGUUAUUGUGAUGCAUUCAUUGUCGCACAUGAAUUGCGGAGGUCUCACUCUGACUGUUUUUCAGUACAAAAAAAGUCCCAUUGAUUAUUUUGUUAUAUAGUCUUGAUAUAAUUACAUGGGAGGUCGUUAUUAAAUAUUACAGUAUUCUCAAAUAAUACUAUUAGUGUAAAUAACGACAACGUGAACAUUUUGCCCUCCUAUUUAUCACUAAUUACAAUGUAAAUAAAACGUAUCACCCCCCUUUUUGGGUAGCGUGUGUUUUAUUUUGCCAUGUCUACAGUAUUAUCAAAACACAAGAGGAGGCGCUUACCCAAAGUCUUGUUCUCUCCUCCUAGUAACGCGUCACUCAGCAAAUACACGAUCUUCGAUGUUCAGCGUAGCACCGUCCUGGCGGCGCUGCCUUCACUGACCGUCUCUGAGUUUGAAGCUGCUGCGGACGAGGAACGCGAGCAUGGCGCCUGGAACGAAGAGCAGGGUGUUUGUCGUGGGUGUCGGCAUGACCAAGUUUGACAAACCUGGAGCCAGAGACAACGCUGACUACCCUGAUCUGGCCAAGGAAGCAGGUG